GAAACGGACAAAGGUACCUGAGCAGACCACACCUCCCGUUCAAGAAGAGCCUGAACCCGUGAGCAAUGUCCUGCAAGGAGAUGACAUUCUCGCCUUAGCCAUUAAGAGUGAAGACUUGAAGAAGCAACACAUUCCUCGUCUUAAAGAAGGCAAACCUAUCACUACCCAGAAAUUUAUCAUCCGUAAAUUCAAACCCAAGGACUCUCGGAGGACGGUCUGCCACCUAGUAGCACAUCCAGCUACUCCAGAUGCAGCCACAAAGCCCCUGGACUACUCUGGUCUUACUGACAGAUUCCGAGGCACUGAUCAGAUCCUGCCCCAUCACAUCUUGGGGAGUCUCCAGGACUUCAAGAGAAUUGCAGUUGCUCGAGGGAACACUGAGCUGGCUGAGCUGAUACACACCCCGCCCAGCCUGAUGACCCUCAUCUCAGCUAAAGAAGAGCCACAGCAGAAAGCGCCAGAAAGCGCGAAGACACCUCCCCAGGCCCUGUCUCCACAGCACAACUUUCUGAGGAACUGGCAGCACAACAUAGCCCUGCGGAAGAGGCAGCAGCUGGCGCUCAGUGAACGCCUGAAGAAGCCGGUCAGCGACCUGCUGAUGCACGCUGGGGAUACCUACCGGCAGAUCCAGGAGGAGCGGGAGCUCCUCGACCGGGCGCUUCCAACACAGCAUGACGGGAAGGUGAGCAAUGAGACUACUGGGUUCUGGAGUCGACUGGAGUAUUUGGGAGAUGAAAUGACGGGUCUGGUCAUGACAAAGACCAAAACUCAGCGUGGCCUCAGGGAACCCAUCACUCACAUCAGAAAGCCCAGCUCCAUCCAGGAGGAGACCGGCGUGCUGGCCCAGAGUGACGCCGGGUACCGCUACACCUGGGAUCGGAGUCUGUUUCUCAUCCACCGACGCAAGGAACUACAGAGCAUCAUGGCGGAGCUGGACUUCAGCCAGCAGGAUAUUGAUGGCUUGGAGGUGGUGGGCAAAGGUCAGCCUUUCUCAGUUGUAACAGUGGAAGACUAUUCAGUGUCCGAAAGGAACCAGGAAAACUCCUCUGAAGACUCACUGUGCCUAGACUUAAUGGCCAGUUACCCCGAUGUGGUGCCCAUGCCUAUUCUUGGCCCUUCUCUGCUGUUCUGUGGGAAGCCUGCUUGCUGGAUCAGAGGCUGUAACCCAGAGGACAAGAAACAUGUCGGAAUUGCUGUCCGCUUGACCUUUGAAACUCUAGAAGGGGAGAAAACAUCUUCGGAACUGACUGUGGUCAAUAAUGGCACGGUGGCCAUUUGGUAUGACUGGCGGCGGCAGGCCCAGGUGGACUCUUUCCAGGACAUGAAGAGAAACAGGAUGCAGAGGUUUUACUUUGACAAUCGGGGAGGUGUGAUUCUCCCUGGAGAAACCAAAACAUUUACCUUCUUCUUCAAGUCUUCGGAUGUUGGAAUCUUCAGGGAGUCUUGGGAGUUUGGAACGCACCCCACCCUGCUGGGAGGCGCUGUCCUGCAGGUCAAUCUCCAUGCGGUCUCCCUGACCCAGGAUAUGUUUAGGGAUGAGAGGAAGUCGCUGCAGAAGAAACUGGCCGCCCACGAAGCGGCCACCGUGGUGAAGAGCAUGCUGCAGGAGCUGCUGCGCGGCAUCCUGACCCCCGAGCGCGCGCAGUCUCCUGCGGACGCCUACCUCACCGAGGAGGACUUGUUCCACCACAGGAACCCACAGCUGCAUUACCAGCACCAAGUGGUGAGAAGCCUGCACAGACUGUGGAGCCAGUACAUGGCCCUGCCCGCCAAGACCGAGGAGGCCAGGCCGGGCGAGGAGGAGCACCUUGGGGCCUGGGGUGCCCAUCCCCAGCCAGACUUUUCAGAGAAGUCCUCAGUAAAUGCGGAGGCUCUGGGGCACUCCAGAAGCCCAGGCUUGGAAUUCCAGCUGCCCCGGCAGGAGACUGAAGCCCUUAGGAGUUCCCAAAAUGUCUUCGUGUCCCAGAAGCCCUUGCUGGCAGCCAAAAUUUCUCAGCGGAAGAGCAUCAUGGAGGAGAUCCUGGUGGAGGCGAGCCCAGAUGCAGAGAGCAUCAAGAGCUCCUGGGAGCUGGAUGGCCUUCCCCCCACCCAGUGGAACCUCUGUCUGGAGGACUUCAGAAAGGCAGUGAUGUCCCUCCCUGAGGAGAACCAGAGAGAAGACACCCUGAUCAGGCUCAACAGAGCAGCCCUGGAGCUGUGCCAGGACCAGAGGCCGCUGCAGUCCGACUUCCUGUACCAGAUGUGUUUGCCACUGUGGUGGGAUGUGAUUGACAGCCUUGUGAGCCACUCCCUGUGGCUGAGGGCUCUGCUGGGCCUGCCCGAGAAGGAGACUAUCUACUUGGACAUACCAGAUGAGCAAGAUCACAAGUCACCUCCUGUCAUUGAAGUGAAGGUGACUUCUGGUCGAGUAGGGAAGGAAGACCGGAAAGGGACAACCCAGGAAAAGAGACAACUGGGCAUCAGAGACAAAGACGAUAAAAAAGGAUCCAAGUUGCUAGGGAAAGAGGAACGUUUAAAUAGCAAGAAGCACAAGGCAAAGGAUGACAAGAAACCAAUGAAAUCUUUAAGUCGGGACAGACUUUCCAUGGAAGACCCCACCCCCGACAGCACCACCCCUUUCCAGGAGCCCAUAGACCCCCUGGUCAUGGAGAAAUACACCCAGCGGCUGCACACUGAGGUCUACGGGCUGCUGGACACCCUGGUGACCGACCUGAUGGUCCUGGCUGAUGAGCUCAGCCCUGUGGCGAACGUGGAGGAGCCUUUGAAUCUUUGCACCUGACUUGUCCCAAGCAGCCUUGUGGGAAACGGGUUGACAGAGCUCAAUAAAGAGUGUUUGUGUUGC